UUUAGUUUCCGGGGACACUAAUACGGGGCGGACUGACCGGUGCAUGGAGUCAUUUAUUGGAAAUAACAUUAUUAUAUCUUAACGCAUUUACGUUAAAAACACGUAAAUAUUUCAGCACGUAUUGUAAAAAGACAUUUCGAAAGUAUUUGCAUUUACAGCCAGCGAGUUUAGACUGAAUAUUGAAGUGACGAGUUUAUAUUUGCUCCAAUAUGGCGGCUGGUCUGUUCUCUUCAAACUGACUGUUUUGGACAAAAAGCUGGGAAUCUAUGAUAUCUAUCGUUUCUGCAGACGAUGUUCCUCACAGCUCGCCGCCUGUCCAAAGUGCUGCAGCUCACCCUGGCGGUCAUCAAACCAGAUGCUGUGGCUCAUCCUGUGAUGUUGGAGGCUCUCCAUCAGAGAAUCCUGGACAACAACUUUGUCAUUGUUCAACGCAAAGACCUCUCGUGGAGGAGACAGGACUCUGAGAGGUUUUACGCUGAACAUUCAGAGCGAUUCUUCUACCAAAGACUGGUUGAAUUCAUGUCCAGCGGUCCGAUGCGAGCGUACCUUUUAGCCAGAGAGGAUGCCAUACGUCACUGGAGGGAACUGAUGGGACCAACCAGAGUUUUCAGAGCCAGAUACACUGCGCCCGAGUCUAUCAGGGGCCAGUUUGGACUCACAGACACACGAAACACAACUCAUGGCUCAGAUUCCAUUGAGUCGGCACGAAGAGAAAUCAGUUUCUUCUUCCCAGACUUCUGCAUGGAAGAGUGGAUGGAGAAAGAGGAGCCUUUGUUCAGAUCCGGACAAAUAAAUUAUGACCAUCAAAAACAGAUACACACACUUUCAACCCAAAGCUGACCUCAGAGCUGCUCAGAAUCCCCAAAGACUGCGUAGACACUGAAAUCGCAAAUGUUUGUGGAUUUGCUCGCAAAAAUGCCAUCUGCCAGAGAGUAUGCUUCAAUCCCACAGGCUGUAUAUAAAGUUUAUUCUGUGGCCAACCCAAAACAUGCAUAUGUAAAGUGCCAAUAUGCUUAUCCCUUGCUUUAGUAUUUUCCUUGAAUAUAUAAAGAUUAUAAGUCAUAUAAAUCAAGGACCAUCAAUGUUUUCCUUUAAUUUAUUUAACAAGAAAUUACAAGAUAAGAAAAUCUAACACCUUUCUGUACAAAACGACUCAAUGGAGAGGACAAUGUUUCCCACUGUCCUCAAAGCAUCCUAAAAUGUUGAUGAGAAGGCUUUUUUAGAUUGUAGGUCACUUGAGAAAUUCCAACAUUUGCCCAAAAAAUAUUUCCUGUCCCUCUCUUUUUUUUUUGGGUCUGAUACAGUAUGUACUGUCAUGUUUUGUGUUUUCUAUGACUAACCUACAGUUUUACAUGUCAAUGUUGUAACCAUAGCAUAACAUGAUACAGUGUAUACUUUUAAAGAAGAAAAUCCGCCAUCAGAUUUGAAACAAAGUCUCCAUCCGUUCACACUGUCACUUCCGUGCUUUUUGUUGGGCUUCUUCCAGUCCCCCCCGCUCUCAGGUGUUUUCUGUGUUCACCUGUUUGAGGCUUUCCGAGGGUUUCAUAACCUCGUAGGUGGUGAGGGACUUCUUCACCUUCCCGUUCUUGUCCACCUGAUGGAUGCUCUGCGUCACUGUGAUGGUCACCUGCUUGGUUGACAUCCGAUUGUCCUGCCAUUUAGUCUGAUGAUGAACCACGAAGGAAGAACAAAACAUGAUAUAUUAAAAUACUACACCAAG